AUGUCUUUGCAAGUACCACACAGAGAGAAGGCCAAUGGCUCGCAUGCCGCUACAAAGGCUGUGAUUUUGGUUGGCGGCCCUUCGAGAGGAACUCGAUUCAGACCUUUGUCCCUGGAUCUUCCAAAGCCUCUCUUCGAAGUUGCUGGACACCCCAUUGUCUGGCACUGCCUCACCGCUAUCGCCAAAGUCCCAGCCAUUCAAGAAGUAUGCAUGAUUGGAUACUACGACGAAUCAGUCUUCCGCGACUUCAUCAAAGAUGCCUCGAAAGAAUUCCCACAAAUCAAGAUCGUAUAUCUGCGAGAAUACCAGGCAUUGGGAACGGCUGGAGGACUCUACCAUUUCCGUGAUGCCAUUCUAAAGGGGAAACCUGAACGCUUCUUCGUUCUUAAUGCAGAUGUGUGCUGCUCAUUCCCUUUGAAUGAUAUGCUCAAGCUGUUCGAGGACCGUGAUGCAGAGGCUAUUAUUCUGGGUACUCGAGUCAGCGAGGACGCUGCUAGCAACUUCGGAUGCAUUGUCUCAGACGCACACACCCGCCGAGUCCUUCAUUACGUCGAGAAGCCCGAAUCCCACAUCUCGAACCUGAUCAACUGUGGUGUCUACCUCUUUGCUACCGAGUGCAUCUUCCCUUCAAUUCGAAGGGCUAUCAAGAAGCGUACCGAACGCCCAAGACUUGUCUCUUACCCCUCCUCCGAAAAUCUCGAAUCCUCCUUCUUCCAAGAUGACGAUGAGGAGACGAAGAACGAAGUUUUGCGUUUAGAACAGGAUAUUCUGAGUGACUUGGCAGAUAGCAAGCAAUUCUUCGUGUAUGAGACGAAGGAUUUCUGGAGACAGAUCAAGACUGCUGGGUCUGCCGUUCCAGCAAACGCGUUGUACCUGCAAAAGGCGUGGCAGACGGGAUCCAAGGAGCUUUCCAAGGCAUCUGCAAACAUUCUUCCACCUGUAUUCAUACAUCCUACAGCUCAGGUGGACCCUACCGCCAAACUUGGACCCAAUGUCUCCAUUGGACCGCGAGUUACGGUUGGAGCUGGUGUCAGAAUUAAGGAGUCAAUUGUUCUGGAGGAUUCCGAGAUCAAGCACGACGCGUGUGUCCUGUACUCCAUCAUUGGGUGGAACAGCAGAGUUGGCGCAUGGGCUCGUGUCGAGGGUACACCAACACCAGUCAACAGCCACACCACUAGCAUCAUCAAGAAUGGCGUUAAAGUCCAGAGCAUCACCAUCCUUGGUAAGGAGUGUGGUGUUGGAGAUGAAGUUCGUGUCCAAAAUUGCAUCUGCCUACCAUUCAAGGAGUUGAAGCGAGAUGUUUCCAAUGAGGUGAUCAUGUAA